CCUUAGUAGAGGGGUGGAUAACUCUAUUUUAGAAUUAUUCUCACUUCAGAAUUAAACUACAAGAAAACAAACAAUAAAACAGAAUAUUGUAAAGGAUGUACUUUUUAAUGAGAGCUCGAUACUUUUGAAAGAUGACACGAGGAAGUAAUGGACAUUAUACAAAUGGAAGAAAUGGCCAAAGUAAACUCCAUUUUACGACACAAACUCUGAUUGAAAAAGUGGUAGAGCAAAGAGUAGAUGCUGAGGACUCUAACUGGCAGCCAAAUCAAAGUCCGGACACUAUAAGAAACCAACUUUUUAAGGAAGUUCUCGAUGGAGUUGCCAGCCAACAACAUGGUCCGCCACAAAAUGGUUUUCACCGACAAAAUGGAACAGAAAAUGGCCAAAUCGAGACUGUAGAUAAUUGCAGAGAUAACAGAACAACUACAUCAUGGCUUUGUAAUCCCUUCAGGUCUUCUGUGCGAACACAAAGCAGGGAAGAUAUAAGGUUUAAUGGACAUUCAGAUGCCCCCCAACAUGUUCCCAAUCCCAAUAUGGCUAAUGGUUGGGACCCAGCACAUACUUGGAAUAACAGGAGGUUUUCUUCCACAAGUUUGCAACUAAUACAAAUGUUUGGAUCACAGAACAUGUACGGAGGGACUGUGCAGUGUGGAGAUAUUUCUUUAUCCAGAAUCAGAAGCCAAAAUUCGCCAAUCAAUCUGUCAGUGCAAACAAGAAAUGAUGAUAGAUCUGAUGAAAAUUCUUCCACAGAUCGAGAACCGCAAAAUUUAGGAGUUCAAAGCAGAAGAACUAAUGUCAGACAAAUCUCUGAAGAGAGCUCAAGCAGUGAGGGGGGUCAGUCCCAUUGGAAAAAGAAAAUGGUGACAAACAGUCAGCAAGAACAAGAAAACCAACAAAACAAAAAAUAAAUUUGAAUAAAAACAUAAAACCGAAGGGAGAUGCACAAUAAAUAUUAUCAUUAUU